UUGUCAUUAAUUGCUUACGGAUAAGCACCAAAACCCAAUCUAGUUGGAUCUUCCUUAUUCUAAGCCUAACUUUGACAUGUUAUUUCUUGGUCUCUCUGAAUAAAUUACUUUCUCCACCUACUUCAUCAAAACCCAAGAAAAAAAGGUGACCCUUGAUUCCGAUACAGGACUAAAGAGCUGCAAUGGCGACGUCGGAAAAGCAAGUCAUGGUGGGUGGCAUCGACGAUAGCGAGCACAGUAUGUACGGGCUGGAAUGGACGCUUGAUCACUUCUUUGCUCCUUUCGCAUCCAAUCCUCCUUUCAAGCUCUUUAUCGUUCAUGCUAAUCCUUAUGCUUCUUCUGCUGUUGGUCUCGCUGGACAGAUAUUUGACUUGAGCUGCUGAUGUCUUACCGUAUAUGGAAGCGGAUUUGAAGAAGAUAGCUGCCAAGGUUGUAGAGAAGGCCUAGGAACUGUGCCUUAGUAAAUCGGUAAAUGAUGCCAUAGUUGAAAUGGUGGAAGGUGAUGCCAGGAAUGUUCUUUGGGAGGUUGUAGAAAAACACCAUGCCUCAAUACUUGUUGUCGGCCGCCAUAGAUAUGGAGCUAUAAACAGGAUCAAGUAGCUGUAUUCAGAUAGAUAUUCCCCACAUUCAAAACCAAACACACGCCAGAUAGACAACCAAAAGAAGAAAAAGAGAGUAGAUUGAAAUUUGUCGCUUUCGGAUUUUUUUGGCAAUUUGGUUGGACUCUUUGUUUUUCCCCUUAUGCCUUUGUGAUCGCUGAGUGGUGAAAGAAGGGAAUGGUGGGCUCUAAUGGCUCUCAGCUUGAUCGUUAUCUUGAUCAUGAUCAUCAUCAUCAACUGAUGGACGGUCGUGCUGGGAAUCAUUCUGUACCUACAUCAUCUGAGUUCUCAUGCUCGAUUUGCCUUGAUUUGGUUUCCGAUACCGGCGGCAGAUCCAGGGCUAAGCUCCAAUGUGGUCAUGAAUUCCAUCUGGAUUGCAUUGGUUCGGCAUUUAAUAUGAAGGGGGCUAUGCAAUGUCCAAAUUGCAGGAAGGUUGAAAAAGGCCGAUGGUGGUAUGCAAAUGGCUCCACCCGAUCACUUCCUGAGCUAAGCACGGAGGACUGGCAUCUUGAUUAUAAUUAUUAUGAUCCAGUUUAUUCUGAAAUGCCAUUUAGGGCUCAAUGGUGUCCAUUUGGUGAAUUUACAAGAACUGCUUCAUCUUCUGAGGAAGUGGAAUCUCCAUCAACUACAUAUCAUGAAAUACAUGAACAACAUGGUAUGUUUGCUGAACACACUGCUGCUUCGUCUUUGGCUCAUUCAUAUGUUGCAUAUGUUGGACCACGUCCAUCCACAACUCUAAGAUCUAGUGAUAGUGUUGAUGAUCCCAACUUUAAUCGCCAUUGGAAUAUCGUCUCUGGACACAAUGAGAUUUUUAUUCCCUAUGCUUUGCCCACCUUUAGCAUCCAGUAUCAUAGUUGGGGCUGGCAUUCUCCAAAUAUCUCUGUCUCUGAUAGCCAUAUCAGCAAUACUGAUCCAGCUUCUAUUCCAGCUGCAGCUCUGAGAUCUUUCAAUGGUGAACUUGAUGCUUUCACUAGACCCAGAUCGUUUCCACAUCCCUUUCCCUUUGAGUAUGGUUCUAGAGGUGGGAGUUCGUUUGUCUCUUCAGUUAUUCCUCGUCAUCCAGGCAGUGGUGCUCAUACCUAUGAUAGAAUCCAGGUAUCUCUUGCCUAUUAUCGACAGCAACAUCGUUUCAAUCAACAGCACUUCAAUCGACCUGGUGUGCCUGCUCCUGUAGUUCCUGGUAUGAGAAGAGGUUUGGCCCCGGUAGCCCCAGCAAUCCUACAACCUGAUCAAAGCGGUAGCUUCUAUAUCUAUCCUCCAUCAAGUUCAUCAGGACAGAACCUACAUGAAGCAGAAAGCUUUAAUCCAAAUAACUGUAGUGCUCUGGUAAGAGAGCGUCUAUCUCAUUUCCCAAUCGUAUCAAGGGUGUCAGGUUGGGGUUCAUAUCAUCCUACAUCUAGAUCUGAUUCUGGCCACAGGUCUAGGAGCUUCAUCCAUUGGCAUUUUGCUUAGAUGAUCCAUUCAAAGUUUGGUUGCAAAUGCUUGUCAAUUGGUUUGUCCAUGUUUGCUUCAAAUGAUUGCAUCUGAAUUUAUGACUGACAUGAAAGGAGAACCAUAAGAAUUGAUGAACUCUGCCCAAUUUUGUAGAUUACAGCAAAUUUGCUUGGAUAUGAAUCCUAGUCAAAGUCAAAGGUUGGGUUUGCAAAUCCGUAUCAGCCUGUUUUUCCAUGCUUGUUUAGUACUAACAUGAAGACGACAGUAAGAUGAGAGCAUUGAAGAAACUUUGUCCUUGUUGAUUUUGUCAAAAUUGUCUUGUCAGUCACAGGCAGACCUUGAAAUUUUUUAAAAGCUAAAUAUGAGAAAUUAAAUUUAGAUAUGAAUUUGUAUUUUA